GCUUUGCACAAAAUCCCAAUAUUCAGUAGGUAAAGUGAUGAAGACUAGAUAAGGCAUAAUCUCCUCAAAAUGGAUGCUGCCCAGAAGUUGAUCAACAAUCUGGUGAUAUUGUCUAAGAUCUUGGAGUAUUUAAGUCUAGAGGAACAGGUCAAAUGUCUGGAGAUUUCAAAGUCAUUUCGCCAUGCCAUCACAACAGUGUUGUGGAAGAAGCAUUACCGCGAAUUAAACCUGUAUAAGACACCCUACAUUAGUAUUAUAACCAAAAAAUCGCAAGAUAGCGGCGAGGAUCUGGUGACAUUGCAAGAAAUCCAAGAACUGAAAACCUCUUUGAAAUAUGACAAAUGCAAUGUGUUCCUAAGAAGUUUGGCGCCCCAUGUUCACAAAUUGAGUGUCUUUUCGGAGUAUUUCAUUUUUCGUCACAACAUGGGGGUGGCUUUCCGCAAUAUACAAAAGUUUAUCAAUCUGCGACAAUUGAACUUCACCCAAAUGGUGGUGACCAGUGACCAUAUGGAGUUGAUUGCCGCAAAAUGUCGAAGAUUGCGAAGGUUGGAGUUUAUCGAGUGCUUCAGUGAAACCUGGAAUCCUUUGCUACCCGGCUACAAUUUGGAUAUUGCCACACUAGGCCAGUUAAGAUAUUUGAGCGAUUUGACCUUGCAGUGUCAAUUGAUGGAAAACCCGCCUACACUGGAGUGUAACAUUGUGCAUGAACUGCUAUCCAAACUCCGCUUGAAGCGUUUGGUUAUGAGAAACCUCAACAUUGUGGAUUUUGGUUCAGACACUGUACAGCACAUCAUGCAUGGCGGCUGUGUGGAGGUAUUGCAUGUGGGCAAUAUCUCCCUGGAGUUUUGGCCCCAUUUCAAGCAUCAUCUGAAGGAGUUCCAUAACCUCAGCGAUCUCUUCAUAAACGUUGUGGAUUGUAACACCUUGUUGAGUUCACCCGAUUUGGAGCUAUUGGCCAACCACUGUCCAAAGCUCUUGAAGUUGACUUUGGAGAAUUGCGAUCUUGAAGUGGCAGAUUUUGGUUUGCUAAAGAGCGUGCAACAUUUAGCGCUGAAUUCCUGUGGGGGUUUUCGUGCCGCUAAUCUCAAGCAGGUGCUGAGUAGGUUGCCCUUAGUCUCUCUAAGUCUAGUCAACACUAGAGUGCUGGGCAAUAUCAUGGGCAUAUCGGUGGGUGCCCAGCUGGAGACCAUUAAAGUGGACACCAUCCAUUUCCAUCCCAUUACAGAGGCAUUUCAAAGAUGCCAAAACGAAAUGCCUGCGGUGCAUACGAUCAAAUGGCUGAAUGGUGAUAUAAGCGAUAGUUGGAUUAUGGACAAAUGCCCGAAUCUAAAAAUUCUUCAUAUUCCAAAUCCGUAUCUCAUGCGACAUGGUCUCCUGAAAAUGACUUCGUUGCAGGAGUUGUCCUUUAGUUCUUGCAAAGGUUUCUCUUGGUGUUUUCUAGUGCUGCUAAUCAAGAAUCUCAAGCUGCAGCGUUUAAACAUCUUCACUACUGAGGGUAUCGAUGAUGUGAAGGAAAAACCCGAAAAUGCCUGUGACGUAAGGACAACUGUACGGCGCGUGCUAUUGCCAUAUCGCAUUUACAAGAUGGCUCAGGAUUUCUGGAUGGAUUUGCUGGUGCUGAAUAGAAAACUGAAAUUGAGUUUCUAUGGCGAGCAUGAAGAUUUGCUCUGUACGAAUUUUCUACGUGGCCUCUUGAGAUUCCUGCAUGUGCGAGACAAUUUGAAGUGUUUGAAAGUAUGCGGUUUUGUUGUAGAUAUUCGCGAUCUGCAGGAGAAUUUCGAUAAAACUAUGCAUAAAUUAAAUUCCAAAACUAGUCAUUAUAGAGCGAAAAAUUCAAAGUUUACCAUUGAAAUAUGA